AGCCGCGCGCGUGUGUCUGCAGAGGCGCGCGGGCCGUGGCGCGCUGAAUGAAAUGGGGUAGGUAGAAGGGCCGUGACGUCACUCGGGGAGCACUUAAAGCACGGCGUGCGGGCUGAGAGGUCUCAUUACGGGCCGCACCACGACCUAGCAAGAUGCCCAGGUGGACAUGUUUGGGACAGCUGGUUUUGCUGCUGGCCACCACCUGCUGCAGGGCGUCCUUGUCCGACAGCGAGCAGCCACAGACACAGUUGUGGACCCACAGCAGCGGCCCAUACUGGCAGGCGCUCGUACAAAACUUCAGAGAAGCGGAGUUGGCCAAAAGGGCUCCGUCAGACGUCUCGUUCUUCGGCAUGAGAGGCAAAAAAUCACCGAAAAAUCUCAACUUUUUCGGCAUGAGAGGAAAGAAGGAUGAUUAUGAAAUGUCCGAGGAUUGGUACGACGCUUUCGAUCCGGCUUUGGAAAAAAGAGCACCGGCAGCUGGCUUUUUUGGGAUGAGAGGGAAGAAGAGGCCUGCUGGAUUUUUCGGAAUGCGCGGAAAGAAAGGACCCGCUGUCAGCAAUUUCUUUGGUGUCAGAGGUAAAAAGAGUGUCCCUGACGAGCUGGACACCUUGCUGCAAUCACUGUUAUCAAAAGAGGACGACUCGUACGGCGAAGUUGUUGGACCCUACGUAGAUUUCGAAGGCGGGCAGAUGCAGAAGAAGGCACCGAGCGGGUUCAUGGGGAUGCGAGGCAAAAAGGACCAGGGCUGGUCUGACACUAUCACUGGACCACCUGUUAGAGACCAAAAUUUGGCGCAGACAUCUGAUGAACUCAACAGGGGUUCUGAUUAACACCAAAGAGCAACAUGACAUCUUGCGCCAGGAAACCCCUUCAAUCGAGCAGAUCUAGUCAACCAACCACUUGCUACGGCCAACGACUUCAACCUGACCCUAACAUGGCAAUACUACAAAUAAUACCUUAAUCAUGAAAAUUUCACUGUCACCCAUAGUACCUUGCGUGUGUUCUUGAUUUCAACCUGCAACCAUUGAUAAGUGAUUCAAUUACGAUCUCGUUGUUUCGAAUCGCAACUUUAUUCUACUAUAACCCCUUGAUGAAUCUGACUGACCCUCACAGCGCUCAGUCAGUUUGGCCCAAAACCUCCGAAUCCAAAACACUGAUAUUUUUUUAAAUUUUGAGGCUGGACCUUUCAAUAAAUAUACUUUUGCGAGAGUUUUUGUUUCGAUUGCAGUCUUUGCGCCAAACUGACUAGAUAAAUUGAUUAUCAAUUGUGCUGUGAGCGAGAUAGAUUGAACUACUGGAGUUUCUGGUUUGAAAAAAUUUCAUUUGUUACAUUCCGCAACUAAUGCUUAAAUAUUAAUGUUGUAAUUUUAACAAAAGAUCUAAAUUUUCUUUCCUCUCAGGACUUUUCAAAACUAAAUUAGAUCAUAAUGAAGUUACAGUGGACUAGUCAAAUUAUAUACAUUUAACUAUAUAACAUUUUCAUCUUUAACAGUACUAAUUAAGCCUGAAGUUAUUAGAACUAAAUUAUGGGCAUUUUCGAGCACGCAGUAAAGAAAAGUUAUAAAUAGAAUGUGUUAUCCAAAAUUUGAAAAAUUUAAAUAAAUGAGCAAACAUAAUUUUUGA